UACAACUAAUCUACAAAUUAUGGGUGUGACAAGUAUAACACAGGAGUUCCUCUGCCCAAUCGCCCCGGCGCGCAUGUUCAAGGCUUUGAUCAUAGACUCAAAAAAUCUGAUACCAAAGCUGUUGCCCCAGUUCAUCGCAAGCGUCGAUGUAACACAGGGAGAUGGAGGAGCAGGAAGCAUUGAACAAGUCAAUUUCACGGAAGGAAGCCAUUUCAGAUACGUGAAGCACCGGAUUGACGAACUUGACGUAGAGAAUUUUGUGUGCAAGUACACUAUGAUUGAAGGGGAUGCAUUAGGUGAGAAGCUUGAGUCUAUUGCUUAUGAGGUGAAGUUUGAGGCAGCUAGUGAUGGGAGCUCAAUCUGCAAGAUGACAAGUAAAUACAACACCAUUGGGGAGGUUGAGGUCAAAGAAGAGGAAAUCAUAGCAGGCAAGAACAGUGCUAUCGGGAUAUACAAAGUUGUGGAAGCCUACCUCUUGGAGAACCCAAAUGUUUAUUCUUGAGGUCAUGGAGUCUUCGUAGUCGAUUGAUCCUCCUAUAUUUAUGCAAUUGAUUACGAAUUAUUUAAUAAUUCUAUAUAUACGUGGGAACAAACCAUAAAUAGCAUUGCUGCAAUUUCAUUGUUUAGGAUUCUUGUGAACCCUUCAACAAGGGUUGACAUCAUGGUUAAUAAAACAAGAACAAUGUUUGGAUUUA